GUGAGACACAAGAAAAGCUUGCGCGCCACCGCCCUCCUCGGGAGAGAGAGGUUGGAGUGAGGCAAAGCGGAGAACCGCAUUUCAAUGAGGACCAGCUCCGGCGCAUCCGUGCACUAGCGGCCGCAGCCUAGACGCUUGUACUCCGCAGCCCCAGCCGCGCCCAGCCCGGCGAGGACAGCUCCAGCAGCCAGCCACAGACAACCCAGCGGCCACCCGCGAACGGUUCCACAACGCAAGCCAGUCAUGUCAUUCGGCAGAGAUAUGGAGUUGGAGCAUUUUGAUGAGCGGGACAAGGCGCAGAGGUACAGCAGGGGGUCCCGUGUGAACGGCCUGCCAAGCCCCACACACAGCGCCCACUGCAGCUUCUACCGUACCCGCACGCUGCAGACGCUGAGCUCCGAGAAGAAAGCCAAGAAGGUUCGAUUCUACAGAAAUGGGGACCGCUACUUCAAAGGGAUUGUUUACGCCAUCUCUCCAGACCGCUUCAGAUCCUUCGAAGCCCUGCUGGCUGAUUUGACCCGAACUCUCUCGGAUAACGUGAAUUUGCCCCAGGGGGUGAGAACCAUCUACACCAUCGAUGGACUUAAGAAGAUCUCCAGCCUGGAUCAGCUGGUGGAAGGUGAAAGCUAUGUCUGCGGCUCCAUUGAGCCCUUUAAGAAACUGGAGUACACCAAGAAUGUGAACCCCAACUGGUCGGUGAACGUCAAGACCACCUCAGCUUCCCGGGCAGUGUCCUCGCUGGCCACUGCCAAGGGGGGUCCUUCGGAGGUUCGGGAGAAUAAGGAUUUCAUUCGACCCAAGCUGGUCACCAUCAUCAGGAGUGGGGUGAAGCCUCGGAAGGCUGUCAGGAUCCUGCUGAACAAGAAGACGGCCCAUUCCUUCGAGCAGGUGCUCACUGACAUUACCGAUGCCAUCAAGCUGGAUUCGGGUGUGGUGAAGCGCCUGUACACCCUGGAUGGGAAGCAGGUGAUGUGCCUUCAGGACUUUUUUGGUGACGAUGACAUUUUUAUUGCAUGUGGACCAGAGAAGUUCCGUUACCAGGAUGAUUUCUUGCUAGAUGAAAGUGAAUGUCGUGUGGUGAAAUCCACUUCUUACACCAAAAUAGCAUCAGCGUCGCGCAGGGGCACCACCAAGAGCCCAGGACCUUCCCGGCGAAGCAAGUCUCCCGCCUCCACCAGCUCAGUUAAUGGAACCCCUGGUAGUCAGCUCUCUACUCCACGCUCGGGCAAGUCACCAAGUCCGUCACCCACCAGCCCAGGAAGCCUGCGGAAGCAGAGGAUCUCUCAGCAUGGAGGCUCCUCUACUUCACUCUCCUCCACAAAAGUCUGCAGCUCAAUGGAUGAGAACGAUGGCCCAGGGGAAGGUGAUGAGCUUGGGAGAAGGCACAGCUUGCAGAGGGAAUGGAGGAGGGAAGAGUCUGAGGAAGGCUUCCAGAUUCCUGCCACAAUAACAGAAAGAUACAAAGUCGGGAGAACAAUAGGAGAUGGAAACUUCGCUGUGGUCAAGGAAUGUAUAGAAAGGUCAACUGCUCGGGAGUAUGCCCUGAAAAUCAUCAAGAAAAGUAAAUGUAGAGGCAAAGAGCACAUGAUCCAGAAUGAGGUGUCGAUCUUAAGGAGAGUGAAGCAUCCAAACAUUGUUCUCCUGAUCGAGGAGAUGGAUGUGCCGACUGAGCUGUAUCUUGUAAUGGAAUUAGUAAAGGGCGGAGACCUUUUUGACGCCAUCACUUCCACAAGCAAAUACACAGAGCGAGAUGCCAGCGGGAUGCUUUAUAACCUGGCCAGUGCCAUCAAGUACCUGCACAGCCUGAACAUCGUCCACCGCGACAUCAAGCCAGAGAACCUGCUGGUGUAUGAGCACCAGGAUGGCAGUAAGUCACUCAAGUUGGGUGACUUUGGCCUGGCCACCAUUGUCGAUGGCCCCCUGUACACCGUCUGUGGUACCCCAACGUAUGUGGCUCCAGAAAUCAUUGCAGAGACUGGAUAUGGCCUCAAGGUGGACAUCUGGGCAGCUGGUGUGAUCACUUAUAUCCUGCUGUGCGGUUUCCCUCCAUUCCGUGGAAGUGGCGAUGACCAGGAGGUGCUUUUUGAUCAGAUCUUGAUGGGCCAAGUGGACUUUCCAUCUCCAUACUGGGACAAUGUGUCAGAUUCUGCCAAGGGGCUCAUCAACAUGAUGCUGUUGGUGAACGUGGACCAGAGAUUUUCAGCUGUGCAGGUCCUUGAGCAUCCCUGGGUUAAUGAUGAUGGUCUCCCAGAAAAUGAGCAUCAGCUGUCAGUAGCUGGCAAGAUCAAGAAGCAUUUCAACACGGGCCCCAAGCCGAACAGCACAGCAGCUGGAGUUUCUGUCAUAGCAACCACCGCUCUUGAUAAGGAGAGGCAGGUUUUCCGACGAAGACGCAACCAGGAUGUGAGGAGCCGGUACAAGGCACAGCCAGCUCCACCAGAACUCAACUCGGAAUCAGAAGACUACUCCCCCAGCUCCUCUGAGACUGUUCGCUCCCCCAACUCACCCUUUUAAUAGGACCCUUUUACUCCUAGCUUAACCCUUUAAGACUCUGAGAUUCCCCCUUCCCCCAAACUUCUGUAAAACAGGUUCAUCUGAUCUAUCUAGCACUCAAUGCUUGAAUGGCAGAACAGAAAGUAUGUCUUGGGUACCUUUGUAGCAAGUUCCCUUUCACUGAAUGAGAAGGCAUGUGGUGUUUGUGAUGACGACGGUAAUUUGCUGCUAAUAGGGGUCCUUAAAGGGUUAAGGUGCAUUUGAGAUUUUUUUUUUUUUUAACAUAGAAGCAAUGAAUGUUUUCAUCAGUCAAGCGAAGAUCUGCAGUAUGUAACAUAGCACGCAUUAGCCCUCUGAGUGCAUAGAAUUUUCUUGAGAAUCCUUGCUGGGGAACAUUUCAGACCCUUGAGUAUAUUCACACAUAGUUCUUAAUUUUACUGCAGACCAAGGGGCGUUGUUAAGACCCUAAAACAUCCACACAAGAAGAGCAUGGAGGAUGAAACACUGCCGAUCCUUCUCUGCGGAUUUAGGACAUGACAGGCUUUUAUAAUGUCAGCUGAUGCACCCCUCUUUCCCAACCGUUUUCUGAAGAAGGGGAGUCAUUUUCCUAAGUCCUUCCUAUGGUUAGCUGCAGAGAGUUCUCUGCUUUUAUUGGGGGGGGGGGAUUAGGUUUGUGGCAGCCUGACCCAAGUGACUGACAGUGUCUCUCCCUGGCUCCAUACAAAGAUGUGCUGAUGACGUCCUCUAAAAUGCUGCUUCCCCAUUAGCUGCUGCUAGUGCCAGGCAGACCCCUGGGGAGCCACCUAGCCUUGGCUUGUGCUUGGUGAGUUGGGAUCUGUCUGCUCAGGAUCAGAAGAGAUCUAGAAAUAAUUGAUGAAAAGAGCAAUAAAUUAUCAGGUGCUCUACAGGGCUGGAAAUCCAACCAGCAAGGGAAAGCAAGGUCCUGUGGGUUGUUUUUUUUCUUUCUUUUUUCCUCAGCUGCUUUUACAUGGGACUGUAGCCACCAGUAUGAAACCAACACAGAAUACAAAAGACCUGGGGCACAAGGGAUCAAGAGGCGAGCACUUUGCAAAGUGACAGAAGGGAAAGUACAGUGGAAACACAGGUUUUAUAGAAAUAAACCAGUUCCAUAAGUAACUCUAGGGACCUGCAAGCCUCCCAGAAGAUACCUUGGAGGCUGAAGCUGCCACUCCCACCCAUGACUUUCUUUGUUAUGGCAUUGUCUCUAGGCGUCCAGGAGGGAUGCAUUGCUUUUCUGGUUUGGGGCCAAGGCCUGACUGGGAUUGGUUUUUCACUCCUGUCACCCAAUCUGUCUGCCCAGGCCUGAGUUUCUUUAGGAGCUGAUUGCAUUUUAGAAUGUAGGCUUUCCUGUUCCGUAUGUCCAUGCUCAGGAGGAUUCAGCAGUGUGUGGGAGGCAGGGCCAGCGCAAAUGUUGCCCUAAUGUUUUCUCAGCUUUGAGUGAGGAGAGAACAGUGAUAGGUUCCAGAAUGGCUACAAGUUCCUCGUUUUCUCUUUCUUACUUUGGAUGUAUUUUGUUGUCUUAGAAGUUAUGAACAACCUUUCCAUAGUCAGGUCUUUAUUUUUAAACUCCACAGUAGUCUUCACUGGCUGUGUUUAUACACAGUUAUAAACUAUGUUCCACACACACACACACAUAUAGACUUUCAAAUGGCAGGAUCCAGCAUUUCCUGCUCUUCCACACUUAAAUAUAACAUUUAUUUAGGUUUUUUUUUUCUUUUAGAGAGUCCAGAAAUGAUAGCAAAUAAAAUCACAAAAUGAUAUAAAGCAGUGUAUCAUUUGAAUUGGGUGUUGGGAGCAGGGACAGGGCACAGACCACCAGGAAGGGUGUUGGUAUAGGACCUAGAGCUGGAAAUCACUACUUUCUCUGAAACAGAAAAGCAAAGCAUCAUUCCAGGAUAAACAAGUAAUGGCAUAGCUGAGCCUCAACUCCAUGUAUGUGACUAAAAAACACCCUAUGGGAAAUAUCAGAGUGCCACUUUCCUGUCUCUGAAUUAUUGCUUUCCCCCUGGUCCUUAACAUACGGCCACAGUAUCCAGGGGCAUAGGCCCACAGCACAGGCCUCUGGCAUUUUUUUUCCAUCGAUAAUUUUUUCAUCACGCUACAAAAGGACAGCUCAGAAUUCAGAGCCUAUUCAGAAGGAUGAUCGCAGCAUAUCCCUCUAGAAUUUCAGUGAUCUAUGCUGAAUAAAUAGUGGAAUGUAACCUGUCAAGUAGAAAUAUUGAGCAAUCAGACGGAAUGCAGUAAUUCAGUAAUCUUCCCAGCAUUAAGCUACCAGGAGCUUGGAUGUCAGAGCUGUUACUCAGAGGGGCGACAGACAAGCACAAGGCUGACGACUUGCUGCAUCCAGAUUGCUUUGGUUUUAGCCAACACUAAUUUUUUCCCCUCAACAUUCUCAGAAUAGUUUCAGUUUGAAAUAAUUAAGUGGUGGUGUUCUUUGAAUUUCUAUAACCAAAUCAAUCUUAUUUUUUAUUUUAUGUAUCAUAGAAAAACUACGUGCCAUUAUGGCUGUGUAUCUCUGUAAUUAUCCACUUAACCAUCAUGAGUGUUUCCAUAUUUUUGAGUAUUGAAUAUAACUCUUAUGGUGGUAGUCUGGUGAUGGGAAUUGCCCUUCCUUUACCAACAGGACCCGUGCUGUCCUGUGGCAUUUAAAGGAUUCUUUCCAUUUGAGAGUAGAGUAGUUGAACAAUCAUUACUUGCUUCCUGUAAAUCAAUUCUGUAGAUGAGACCCGUUCAUAUUAAUGAAUUCAUUUCCCCCUCAACAUUGUAGCAGAAACUACUUUAUUUGUCAUGAUCAAUAAAUAUGUGAUUUGUUCCAAACUAUUAGAAGGGAAAGUUAAGAUCUUCGGUCCCUGGAAAUGUUCUGGCUGUAGCCCUCAUCUGACUCCCACGCGGUGCAGAUUAACAUAAGUAGAGGGGAAACGUUAAUAAACAACGGAAAACACUUGA